AUGAACCAAUCACAAGCGGCCACGAGCGGACAGUUGUCGCGUGCUCGACACCGGUUGGCAAGUUAUGUCCAUGUGCUUUCACAAUACAAAACCAUUCAACGAGAGUUUCUACGAGUGAUUGUUGGUUCUUCUGCGAGGAAAAGACCUUCUCUUUUUCGUUCCAAGAUGAACAAAUUAUUUUACCUUCUCGGGAUUUUUGUUGUAUUACUUCUAAGUUGUAAGUAUAAAUGGUUUUUUACAAAUUUAAAAUGUUAACCUGACAUUUAGUGGAACCGGAAGUCCAUUGAAUUGGAAGUAUUUUGCGCUUUUUGCGAAAUUUCGUUUGGAAAUCUUAUUUGCGAAGCGAUCUGAGAAAUUCGUGCGUUUCUCAGCAAGUAUUUAACUUGUAUUUGUUGCUUCAAGUAUCGAUAUUUGCUAACAGAUCUUUGGUAAAAAGUUUAUAUCCAAAACGUACGUUGCAAGCCACUAUUUUGAAAUGUACAAAUUUUAAUUGGUAUUAAUAUACAAAUUUUAUAUGAAAUAUACAAAUUCCAAAAGUAUUAUUAAACAUUUGUAAAAUUUUGAUUAUGAAAAUCAAAGCUAAUUGGUGCAGAUCUUUUGUGUGAUUUUUCAAUCGAUUUUGUAUUUAUGCACGUAGGCUGUAGCCUAGCAUGGCUAAAUAUAAUUUUAUGUAGCAGGUAUUUGACAGAAUAGCUUUUGUGUAUAAAGCAUGUGUGAAUUGUGAAAUGAUGGUUUGGACAGCUGCUGUAAUAUUAAAGGGACCAUAGUUACAGGCAUUGCCAGGUUUUCCAGUCAAGAGGGCUGGAAUUAUCCGAGGAGAAUUUGAGUCGCACUUAGUUUCAUGUCUGACAAGUUUGCAUGUUAUUUGCAGAGCCAAUAUUAGAGACUUCAAAUUAGGUAUCCAUUGGCACAUUGCAUUUUUAAACCCCCGACGGAGAACAUCGGAAUGUCCAAUAGCCUCCCCCCAAAGGGAGGGUUCAAUUUGUAAAGCAAAUUGUGGAAAUUCCACAGGGUAGGUAUAUAAAAAGUGACUAAAACUUAUGGAAUUUCCAUGAGUUGGUCAACAAUGGAUAAGAAAUUCCAGAGGAUAGGUUAAAAAUCAGCAAGGAAUUCUGCAAGGGAUAGCUACUGAUUGAGAAUAAAUAAGGAAAUUCCAUUGGAUGGGUUUUUGGUGUUUCCUGUGGCCAUUUUCUAGGGAUGGGCUUGUGGCCAUUUUCUAGGGAUGGAUAUCAAUACUAUCAAUACAAACACUCGAUACUAUUGAUACCAGGGUUUUGAAUAAAAGUAUCGAUACUGGUAAGAAAUAUCGAUUGUUUCGAUACUUCUGAGCCUGCGAUAUUCUUUUUUCUGAUAUUACAUUUUUCAUCAUGAAAAUGAUAAAAAGUAGUUCAUUUUCUAUGGUGCUUUAAUGGUCCACGGGUAGGAUCAGAGUUCGUGAUUAUGUUAGUUACAAUCAUGAAAAUAAACGUGUCGAAAACAUAUUCAACCAGCAUGAUUUUGGCGAGGAGAUGAAAAGUUUUGUUGUUGUAGUUGUUCAAGUUGGGAAAAUAUCGAUAUUGAAAAAAAAUUGGCAAAUAUCGAGUAAAUAUUGUAUCGAAUGAAAAAGCUGGUAUCGCCCAUCCCUACCAUUUUCUUGGUUGUGAAAUCAAUUAUACAGUGGGGGCAGUAGCCAGCCAGCCAUGAAAACUGGUCAUGCUAUGCCAUCUAUAUAACCUGUAUCUAAAUAGAUUAAAGACAAUACAUUUCUAAAGGUUUGAAUAAUGUGAAUCAAAAUUAAUAAUUUGCAUAGCAUGACCUGUUGCUAUAGCUAGCUUUGUCACUGAUUGAUUAGUUUGGAAAUCUUUUGAAUAUCUCAUUAAUCCUUGGAAAAAUUUUUUGAAACCUGCAUUUUGUAUUGGGUUUCAUACAUAUGUUUAUAUUUCCAUGGUUGUUUAUUGUUUUUCCCACGAGAGUGUAUUAAUUAGCCAAGUUUUUGUUAAAUAAUGUCAAUGUAGUUCCAACAAAAGCGCUUUCCCUGUUUUUCACUUGUGACUCGGGGUUCGAAUUAGUUGGGGGAAAAAUGAUGUGCAACUUUUUUUUAAAAAUGUGGCUCUAGGUUCGUGAUUGUAUUAGCUACUCAUUCAAACUUACUCAACCAAACUGCAAUAAUUUAAUUAUUUGAAUACUUUUUAAACAUUGUUUGCAAUCUUUGAUAUACAAACCUAACACACACAGUCGCAGUAACACACACAUCAGUCAUGUGUUUGUCUGUCAUGGUGGCUAAAAUGUAACACCUUCCAUGCUGCUAGUGUGCAUGCAAAAGCACUUGUUUAUAUAAGACAACAGAUUGGCUUUGUUUUUAAACUAUAAAUAUGGAUGGAUGUUCAUUAAUAGUCCCAAGUCUGAUUUUUUUGCACAUCGUUUGGAAAAGUGAUGUGCAACUUUCACUAUUUGGUCCAGAACGAUGUGCAAAUUGCACAUUGCUAAUUCGAACCCUGCUUAUGUACACCUACCGGCCAUGUCGGGUCCUCACGUGUGUGUGUUGUAAACAAAAAGUGUGCAAUGCAUUAUACUUGACAAUGCCUAAAUUUGAACCACAACGCCCCUACUCCACCCUCCCCCCAAUAUUUCCAAAAAUAUGAGUGUAGAAGUCAGAAGGUUCUAAGCAAUUGUUAUUGUAACAGAUCAACUAAAUAUUCUUUUUGUUAUUUUUAGCUCAAUGUCGUGGCGAGGAAGAGGCGAAAGAAACCGUGGACGAGAAAACCGAACCGGAAUCAGAACCCAAAGUAGAAGAUGACAUUGGUAAAAGUCGCGAUGGAUCAAAGACCGAUGACGAGGCGGUGCAACGAGAGGAAGAAGCUAUCAAGUUGGACGGCCUGAAUGUCGCCCAGAUGAAGGAAUUACGAGACAAAGCUGAAAAACAUGUGUUCCAAGCGGAAGUUAGCCGUAUGAUGAAACUGAUUAUCAAUUCAUUGUAUCGAAACAAGGAGGUUGGUAGAAUUGAAUGUUAUUGAUUUUCUCACACAUUGGUGAGUGGAUUUCCCAACAAGCUAUAUAUAUUUUUUUGCCUUACCCGGGUUUCUUUUGUUUCGGCAGGGUCGAUUAAUAAUUAAUCGCCUGGUUGAGCAGGCGAUUAGUUCUAAUAAUCAUUAGUUCUAAUCGCCCGUUGGCAAGGGUCACACCCUUUGUCUCCCUGCCAACUACGCAUUAGGCAAGUGCCGCACGCACAUAAUCGUGCAAGGAACAGCAACAGUUAGCUCCGAGCCGUCAAUAGUCUAUCAUCCGAUCCCUGAGUUGUUGCAUCAUUUAAAUUACACAUGUGCAGUUUCCGACUUUAUACUAAUAUAUUUAGCGUUUUUGUUGUGGUACGUUAAAUGAUAGAUUGCGCAUGCGUAACCUAUUAAAGUGUAAACAGUGCGCAUGUGCAACAAGCUUUUAUAUCCCACAAGCAAGGAAGCAAAUGUUUUAGCUUAAAUUAGCUGAUUGCAAGUAGGGCAUGUUUGUCCAUUUUUAAAUGGGAGUGCAACUAUGCUAUUACAAACUAAUAGCAUGGCUUUUCGGGAGAUGCAAACCUGCCUCAGGUUACGGGGCCAUUUAAUCACUAAUCUCCCUGAAGUCAUGUUAUUACUUAUAAUUAAUGUACUCCAUUAUUUUAAGACCUUAAGUAGAGGUCUGACCAAGGCUAUAGAAGAAUGGUUUAGCAUAGUUGUGCAACCAUUUUAAUAGAAUCUCUCAUUAGUUCAUAAUUUUUUAUUUAUAACUACAACCUUAUUAGGUCUCUUAUUGAUCUUGUUAAAAUUGUGAAUUAGCUUGUUAAAAUUUUUAAUUAUCUUGUUAGUAUAUUCCUAACAAUCUUGUUAAAAUUCCUAAUUAACAGUAAUAUUAGAAUUAUGGUCUCAUUACAUUUAUUGAUUAUUUGAUUAGAACUCUUAACUUUCUUGUUAGAAUUGUUAAUGACCUCAUUAAUUAGGAUUCUUAAAGAUGUUCUUAGAAAGUUUACCAGUAAUUUAUUAUUUUAUGAGAAUCACUAAUUAUCUCUAGAAUUGCUUAAUUAUAAUAAUUCCUACGUUGGUGUGAACAGUUAAUGAUCUGAUUAGAUUUCAACAGUCUUUAAUUAAUCAGUAUUCUUAUAGCAAUCACUUUUGAAUUCUAUAACAUAUCUAAUGGGUGAUAUUCUCGCUAUAGGCUAAAUUUUGAUCAAGGCAAGAAGAACUCCAAUACCAUAGCUAGAAAGAGCGUCUUAGAAUGAGUAAAACUGCAAUGAUUGCUUGCUAAAUAUUGUGAAAUGAAAAAAUAUAGCCCUGUGAAGUUUGCAAAUUUUGUACCAUAUAUUUGUAUUACGCGCGGUAAAAAUAACCACAUUCGGCUCAAAAACGGUUAUUUUUACCGCGCGUAAUACAAAUAUAUACAAAAUUUGCGAACUUCACAGGGCUAUAUUUUCCUCAUUUUACAACAAUUCGCAACCAAACUUUGCAAUUUUACUCAUUUUAAGAUGCUCCUUCCAGCUAUGGUAAUGGCUUUCGUUCUUCUGGUCUAAUCGUCCAUUAGAAUCAACUGCAAACGAUCUAAUUAAAUCUAUUUUAUCCAUUCUAGAUCUUCCUCAGGGAAUUAAUCUCAAACGCUUCGGAUGCGUUGGACAAAAUUCGAUUCCUCUCUCUCACAGACAAGUCUGCUUUGGCAGCCACGGAAGAAAUGUCGAUCAAGAUCAAGGCUGACAAGGACAAUAAUGUCUUGCAUGUGACAGAUACUGGUAUUGGAAUGACGAAAGAAGACCUCGUGAAAAACCUUGGUACGAUCGCAAAAUCUGGAACGAGCGAGUUCUUGUCGAAAUUGCAGGUUUGUAUUAUUGUAUUUGUGGCUGAGUUUUACUGACUACUUGUGAUUAUGCAUAUGAUUAUGAGGCAAUUUUUUCAAUGUCAUGUAUUUGCAAUGAAAAGUGUUCAAAAAUAUAUCCAGUGCGUUGGGUAAUCAAUUUCAGUGGUGCUUCAAUUACUUUGAAUUUGUACUCGAGUAAAAGUAGAAGUAAUUAAGAGGCAAAUUUUUUCAAUAUCACAUAUUUACAAUGAAAAGUGUUCAAAACCUAAAAUCUUUUUGGCGUUCCUCUCAAAAUUACUUUGUUUUAGCUUUAUUCUCUAUAGUUUAUACAGUUAGCUACCUUUUUAAAUGCAUCUGCCGGUUGAGAAACAUAAAAUAAUAGUUAAAAAUUGUCAAUUAAAAUACAAUUAUCAAUGAUGCUUUAAAAUUGGCGCCAUAUUUACAGCCAUAUAAGCAAAAUUUACUGAACUUCAGACAUCAUUUUCUCUUUGGCGUACCAUCUAAAAUCUCUUCAUUUUAGCAUUAUUUUACAGAUAAAGCACUAAAUAUUCUUUUUAAGUUUGUUUGCCGAUUGAGAAACGUAUCGAAAAAUAAAAAUUUUGAAUUUAGUCAUGACCUCAAGUGACAUAUUAGACGCAUUAGUUUUGAGCGCGUGUUACGUAACAUACAAAAAAAUACGCUUACCUAAAUACAUACUUAGGCCUAGACUAUUCUAUCUUUUACAACAAUUGUGAUAUUACUUUUAUAGUUAAAAAUAUUAUUGCCCAGCAAAUAAUUCGUAAAAGAGGCAUAUUCAAAAAACAUUUGGAAUAUAAAAAAAAACUAUUUAUUGAGUAACGUUUCGUCACAUUACAAGCGACGUCAUGAGACUAAAUACAGUUAAGCUAUUUCAUCUAUUUUAUAACAUAUUUUGAAAAAAUAUAUAUACUGUAUGAUAUACAAUUACAAACGGUUAAAAAGUUAAAAUUAGAAAGAUACAAUGUUCAUGGUAUAUUGACAUGUACAAGAUACUGAGAUUAGUUGAAUAUACCAUGAUUAUUGAAUAUACCAUGAACAUUAUAUCUUUCUAAUUUUAACUCUUUAACUGUUUAUAUCGUAUAUUUUUUUUCUUCAAAAUUUGUUAUAAAAUAGAUUAAAUAGCUUAACUGUAUUUAGUCUGAUGAUGUCGCUUGUAAUGUGACGAAACGUUACUCAAUAAAUAUUUUUUUAUAUACCAAGGCAAAUGUUUUUUGAAUAUGCCUCUUUUACGAAUUAUUUGCUGGGCAAUAAUAUUUUUAACUAGAAUUUGACUUCCGCCUGGUGUUUCUAUUGCUGAUAUUACUUUCUUAACUGUAUUUAUCCUAAGCCACCCUGUCAACUUUCCCUGUGGGAGGAAAUCGGAGCACUCGAAGAAAACCCACGACUUUCGACAGAGCAUUGACCGACUCUUUUCACAUGAGUCCGUAGCGAGAAUCGAACCCACAAACUCGGAGGUAAAAGGUGCCAUUGAAGCCCAAAUAAUGAAGAUGAAAUCAAAAACAUUCCAGCAUUAAUUUGUUACAAAUUCUGUGUUCUAGGAUUCCCAAGAUGACACCGUGAGAUCAGGCGAUCUGAUUGGUCAGUUUGGUGUUGGUUUCUACUCGUCUUUCCUGGUUGCGGAUCGCGUGAUUGUCACCAGCAAACAUAACGAUGAUAAGCAAUACGUCUGGGAAUCAGAUGCCGCCUCGUUCAGCGUCACUGAAGAUCCACGAGGCGAUACCCUCAAGAGAGGCACCACCAUCAGGUAAUACGAUGGCUCGACGUUUUCUGUGAUGCAAAUUGUAGUCGCCUUUGUCUUAGAGUAAAGAUGCUAUUAAGUUCUUUGUAUGUUUGCAUGGCGAUAAAACAUAUAAUAGUUUUGUUUGUGGAAACACCACGUAAAUUUAUUUUAUUACUGCAAAGCUUUCGAUCCGUAAGCCCGGAUCUUCAUCAGUGCUAAUAAUAUGAAGAUCCGGGCUUACGGAUCGAAAGCUUUGCAGUAAUAAAUUUACGUGGUGUUUCCACAAACAAAACUAUUAAAGAUGCUAUUGUUGAUGAGAACUCUCUAGAAAACACUUUUCUACGUGGUUAUGACUAGGCCUAUAUUCAAUUUUCUUAAUUUUUGAUACGUUUCUUAAGCGGCAAAUAAACUUAAAAAGUAUGUUUAGUGCUUUAUCUGUAAAAUUAUGCUAAAAUGAAGAUAUUUUAUAUGGUACGCCAAAGAGACAAUGAUGUCUGAAGGUUAGUAAGUUUUGCUUAUAUUGCUGUAUAAAUAUGGCGUCAAUUUUACAGCAGCAAUGAUAAUUACAUUUAAGUUGAUAAUAUUUAACUAUUAUUUUGUGUUUCUCAACCGCCAGAUACGUUUAAAAAGGUUGCUAACUGUGUAAACUACAAAAUAAAGCGAAAACAAAGUAAUUUUGAGAGGAACGCAAAAAGAUUUUAGGUUUUGAACACUUUACAUCGCGACAUUGAAAAAACUUGCUUCAUAACAUGAUUGAGCAAAGUUGUAUUUUUAUUUACCCGCGCUGCUGUCCACAAUAAUUCGUAGUAGUCAACGUACUGUUUAAUAAACGAGCAGGAGUGUUUUAUUAGGUUUAAAGCCACGAGCGUGCAGCGUGCUGCGCGAGUGGCUUUAGACCAGGGCGCUUAUAUAGAUGGCUAUAUAUAGAGGGCUAUAUAAGCGCCCUGUUUUAGACAUAAUAAAACACGACCUUCGAGUUUAUUAUACUGCCUUAUUAGUAUUCUUUAUAUAAAGAAUACUAAAUGAGGACACGACUACAAUAUAUACUGCCUUGUUAGUAUUCUUUAUAUAAAGAAUACUAAUUAGGAGUGUUUUAUCAGGUUUAAAGCCACUGCACGUGACAUAUUAUGGUUGACAUGAUUUGCCAAUAAGCUUAUGAAUUAUUAAUGAGUGUUUGAAUUUAAUUUCAACCUACUUUCAGCUUGCACUUGAAAGAGGAGGCGCGAGAUUUCCUCGAACCAGAAACGAUCAAAGAUUUAGUGCGAAAAUACAGUCAGUUUAUCAACUUCAACAUCUACCUGUGGACGAGUAAGACGGAGACUGUCGAGGAACCCAUUGAAGACGAAGCUGAACCCGAGAAGAAAGACGAGACGGAGGAAGGAAAGAAGGAUGAAGAGAAGAAAGAUGAAGAGAAAAAAGAAGAUGAGAAGAAAGAUGAUGAAAAGAAAGAAGAUGAAGAUGUGGAAGUUGAGGACGCGGAAGAGGAUAAAGAAAAGAAACCAAAAACAAAGAAGGUACGUGGAGGAAUUUUUAUUCCUGGAAAUGAGAAAAGCAAUCACUAGCUCUCGAGCACUUCGGGCUCUCUUAGGACCUUUUUACACGAAGGUAGGAUAACCCUACCACUAAGGGUAUUACCCUACCAAGAGGGUAAAAAAAAUAGCGAGUGUUCACAUGAGAUAGGGUUACCCUACCACUGGGCUAUGUUGCCUAGGUUGGGUAACCCCUACGUAUGCGUGGUCGUUAAGCCAGCUGUAUUUGCCAAAACGCGAAGUUCUAGCGGUCAGUUCUGUAAUUUUAUGUCUUUUGACUUUUGCUUGCUGCAUUUCAAUGCGGUGGUCUUUUGCUUUGUGUGUUACUGUAUCAAAAAGGCGGAUAAAACAUGACCCGCUUGUUGGGUAAUCCUACCUGAUGAUUUUACAUGACUCAAUCCAUGUAAACAUAGCCCUACUUCAAGUUUACGUACCCUAUCUGCUUGAUGGCUUGAUAGGAUAACCCUAUCCCCAUAGUGUAACCCUAGCGCGCACGUAAACGCAUUGCACAAACAGAAUAAACUACGGUAAACAGAUAAAAAAUGUUUAGUUAAUUAAAGCAUUCUCAUUAUGAACGUGUUCUCUGCUGCAGGUUGAGAAGACCGUGUGGGACUGGGAACUGAUGAACGACACCAAACCAAUCUGGUUACGUAAACCCAAAGAAGUGAAUGAUGAAGAUUACAACAACUUUUAUAAAUCUUUCAGCAAAGUAAGUUUGAUUGCUGUGAAACUUUAACAAACUUUAUUUCUACUAGAUAGCUUUGUCAAGGUAUCAGUAAGUUCUAAACUGUUACUGUCAUCCCUUAUUGCCGACGUUAACUGUUUUAAUGGACUAUCCUCAAGCAGAACUAGUGUUAAUUGAUGUUAAUUACAUUCUAACGAAUGUUAAUUAUAAUCUCGUUUCAGGAUAGCGAUGAUCCAUUGGCUAAGGUUCACUUUGUUGCCGAAGGCGAGGUGACAUUCCGAUCGAUCCUCUUCGUGCCGAAAACGUCUCCUGGCGCCAUGUUCAACGACUACGGCAAACAGACCGACCACAUCAAGUUGUACGUACGGCGUGUUUUCAUCACCGACGAUUUCCAAGAAAUGAUGCCGAAAUACCUUGGCUUUGUUAAAGGCGUGGUCGAUUCCGAUGAUCUCCCCUUGAACGUUUCUCGAGAAAAUCUUCAACAACACAAACUGUUGAAAGUUAUCCGUAAGAAACUGGUGAGGAAGGUUUUGGAUAUGUUAAAGAAGAUCUCCAAGGAAGAUUAUAUUGAGAAGUUCUGGAAGGAGUAUAGCACGAAGUAAGUUCGUCAUUUCCUUGACAUUUAGAGCUUCUUUUCCACAGUUCAUCCAUCUUUUCUUCCUUCAUUUUCUCUGCAAUAUCUAUCACUUCACAUCUUCCACUUCACGUCUCUGACCAGCUCUCCAUCUCUUCUUAUUACAUGUCCAUACUACUUCACCUUCUCUGCAAUGUCUACCACCCCACAUCUUCUUCUGAUCUCUUCAUUCCAUAAUGUCUCUGACCAGUUGUCCUUCAUCUCUUCUUAUUACGUGCCCAUACCAUCUCAGCCUUGCUUCCCUCACCUUCUCUGCAAUGUCUACCAGCCCACAUCGUCUGAUGACCGAAUUUUCCUCCUUAAUUUUAGCAUCAAACUUGGCGUGAUUGAAGACCACUCUAACCGCACACGUUUGGCCAAGCUGCUUCGCUUCCAGAGUUCUAACAACAAGAGCGACCACACGAGUCUGGCGGAUUAUGUUGAAAGAAUGAAGGAGAAACAAGAGGUCAUCUAUUUCAUGGCAGGAAGCUCAAGAGCUGAGGUAACAUUAAGACAUCAGAAUUCUUCAUGAACUACUGUUGACCCGCUUGUACGAAAUUAAACAAGGAAAAGACGCUUCGUCUGGUAACUCGUUUGUGUUUAAACGCGGCAACAAAACUAUCAAGAAAAUAUCAGGCGUCUUGCUAGCAAUCUAAACACCAAAUAUUUUCAGAGCGAUUUGAAUUUUGGGACAACGUUGAUAAUACACAAUUGCAGAAAAGUGUUUGACAAUACUGAUUACAGAUUACGAGUUAGCGAGCUUAGCCAAGUGACGUCUUUGUCAAGACCGACAUCACCGUGCAUAGCGCUCGUCCAAGGAAGCAAAAAAACUUUAAAAAACUUACGUUUUGUCAUACGUGUUGAAGAUUGCCACGAACUGACAUAAACACAGUUUUUAAUCCAGUCUUCCCCAUUGAACUAUAAAUAAACUGGAAGGCUAACUCAGGGGGGGGGGGGGAUUGAAGCCAGUGCAUUUUAGUUUUUCUGAGUUAUGAACAGAAAUACUCGACACUGAACGUUGGGCUAUAUAUCAAAUUGAAGCUAUUGAAAAACGCUAUUUGGUGUAGAAAUUUCAAGACUUUAGCUAAAAGGGAAAUAUUGAAAAAAAUACAAAAAUAAUUGACGAUAAUUUGCCGUUUUGCAGUUGUUUUUGUAUUUUUUAAAUAUUUUUCUUUUCGCUGAAGUCUUGAAAUUUCCACACCGAAUAGCAAUUUUCAAUAGCUUCAAUUUGAUAUAUAGCCCAACGUUUGGGAUCAAAUAUUUCUGCUCAUAACUCAGAAAAACUAUUUUGGCUUCAUCAAAUCAUAGGCCUUCUUGAAUCAUAGCAGUUAGCCUUCCAGUUUAUUUAUAGUUCAAUGGUCUUCCCUCGGCAAUCUGACGCCCGUGUUGGCAAAAUGUCGCUUGGUUAAGUUCCCUCUUACUUCUACACUCAGCGUCUGAAAUUUGCAGUAUCCCGAUAUUCACGGGAUGCUAAAAUUUGGCUUUGGAUACCAAACUGUGAAUGACUUAUAUCCCAACUGGAUACUAUAAAGAAAAUUUCAAACAUUGAUGGCUUUUGAAUACUGUCUAUGAGUUGGCCACCCAAGCCUUUCCUCAUAUAAUGUGCAUUUUUGUGUAUUAAUGAAUUGUCUAGUUGUUCACAACUUGACUGUUGAAUCUCCUGUUGUCAUUGUAAUUUGUAACAGUGAGAGUUAUUGGAUGGGACAGGGUAUAAAACCUAUGGUAACCAGUAUCCAGAAGUGUGAUACUGCAUUCUCAGGAGGGAUACUAAACUUUGAAUCUUGGUAUCCCAGUUGGAUACUGAAAAGAUAUUUAAAUUUCAGACCCUGUAUACUGGUUCUAACAAUCAUUCUUCGCAUUCUUUGACUAGGUUGAGAAAUCGCCAUUCGUAGAACGACUUUUGAGAAAGGGUUAUGAAGUGUUGUAUCUUGUGGAGCCAGUCGACGAAUACUGCAUACAAAGUCUUCCCGAAUUCGAAGGCAAGAAGUUCCAGAAUGUCGCCAAGGAGGGCCUGAACAUCGAACAGUCCGAGAAGGCGAAGAAGAAAUUCGAAGAACAAGAGAAAACGUACGAGCCGCUCUUGAAAUGGUUGAAGGAUGACGGUUUGAAAGAUCUGAUCGAGAAGGCCACUCUCUCACAGCGGUUGACCGAUUCCCCGAUGGCUUUAGUUGCAAGCAGUUAUGGAUGGUCGGGUAACAUGGAACGUAUCAUGAGAUCUCAAGCUUAUGCGAAGGCCAAAGAUCCUAGCCAAGAGUAAGUUGAGAUUCUGGGGCCGGUUGUACGAAGGCUGUGGCAGGGGCGGUUCUACCGUGGGAGGGGGCACCCCACCUAUUUGUGUCUAGUACCCAGUCCAGCACCACCCUAAAAAAUCUGCUUGACCAUACAUUUUCUGCUUUUCGAAUAGCGAUUAGCGGAACUUCUACUGUUAGCGCGUGCCGAUUUCUUGAAACGAUAUUGAUUUGUGAUUUGCGAACCAGAAAAGUGUUAGAUAUUCAGUUAAUAUGUCUUGUUUUACAAAUAUAGCAGUAAUGUAAACAAAGGAUUUGUUUACAUAACGGACUUGACAUGGUCUUUAACAUACCAUGGUUAAAUCUUAACCGUGGUUAAAUAUGUAAACAUGUCGACGUAGUUAUACAAACAUAUUUUCAAAUAUACUGUACUUUAACAAGCAAAUUUACUGUACUGUGCUACAGCAACUGUCCAGUCACGCAUACGUGAUAGAAAGCCGAUAUAAACUUUAUAAACAAAAGUUAAGCUUCGAAAGUUAAAGUUUAUCAAUUUCCUAUUUCCAGCUACUAUGCUAAUCAAAAGAAGACUUUGGAAGUGAAUCCACGUCAUCCAUUGAUCAAGAAACUCUUGAACUUGGUUGAGAAAGACAGCACUGAUCAGUCCGCUAAAGAUUUGUCAAGAUUGUUGUUUGAAACCGCCAAUAUGAGAUCUGGAUAUCAGCUCAAGGUGAGAGGAUGUGAUGAUUAAUAUACGCUCAAGGUGGCUCUCUAAGCAUGGGACUGGUAAUGACAUGACGUGAUCUUGUCGAGUUGAAAAUUUAUUGCGUCAGAAAAAAAUUCAUUUGACCGCGCAAUGUUUGUAAUGCAAUAACUUUUCCUUCGGUCAAUAUUUCUGAAAUUUUGUAUUUUAAAUGUACUAGUCAUUUAUUGCAAUCUACUCAAUUUUAAAAAAGAUCUAUAAGACCGUUUUUGUUGAAAAAAAUCUCGUUAGCAAAUCUGUCUAUUGGCUUAUCGAACGAGGUUGUUGGCUUAUAGGCUUUGACCACUGAUCUAAUACUAGACUGGAUAUAGCUUCUCUAGGUGUGAAAACUGAAGCCAAAUUAUAUAUGCGAAAAUCACUUCCGGGGACCACGGAGUGAUACAAAUUACUAUAGAAAUGUAUGGCGAACAACAUGAACCAAAGUGAAUUUUGCCAAAUUUGAGAUACUUUGCGAAGUUUUACCACGCCGAUCGCUCCACCGUGAAUAAAAGAUGUUACGUUAAUGCUUUUCCAGCGCUAAAAUCUGUUUCAAUUUUCAUUUCAGGAUUCCUCCGACUUCUCCUCGCGUAUCGAGCGCAUGCUCAAAUUGAGCAUGCAAAUGGACCCAGAUGGAAAACCGGAAGUGGAAGACGAAGAAGAACAGGAAGAGGAAGAUGAGAAUAAGGAAGUGGAAGCUGAAGCAGAGGAAGGCGAUGAGAUGGAGGAUGCGAAGGAAGGGGAGGGAGAAAAAGUAGAAGAAACCGAACAGAAAGAAGAAACCGAACAGAAGGAUGAAACGGAAGGAAAGGAAGAUGGAGGCACGGCUGAGGAUGAGACCGUCGAUGAAGUGAGUGUAAACAUUUUGUCAAAAAAUAGACAACUUGCAUGUUAGACUAAAUUUUUAAUUUUCGAUCUAGGCAAAAAAAGUAAAUUCACGUAACGCAAAAUUUGGUUACAAAAUGUUGUAAAAUAUAGCCUUGCGAAGUUUGCAUAUUUUGUAGAUGUUUGUAUUACGUGCGGAAAUUGUUACCAUUUUUGAGCCGAAAAUGGUAACAAUUUCGCACGAAUACAAACAUCUACAAAAUAUGCAAACUUUGCAAGACUAUAUUUUCCAAGCUUCACAACAUUUCGCAACCAAAUUUUGCAGUUUUACUAAUUUCAUUAUGUUCUUUUUAGCUGUGGUGUUUGAUUCCCUAAUUCUCUUUACUUAGAUUAAAAUUUAGUCUAACAUGCAAGUUGUCGAUUUCGGAGCUGCAUGUACAGACUGUAUUAUGACAUUGAUGUAUAUGUCUUCGUUUUAGCAGUAUUUCACACAAGUUUGUCGGUUAAGAAACGUAUCAAAAAAUGAAAAUUUUUAAUAAAGCGCAAGUGCUACAUUACGUAACACACAAAGCGCGUGUUACGUAACAUACAAAAAAUCUCCUAACUAAUGGACCUAUUUAUUCCCUAAUGAACAAAAUUUUGAUCUAGACAAGUCUACACAAAAAUUUCAUCAUAGCUUGAAAGAGCAUCACAAAAUUAGUAAUAUUCCGAAGUUUCGUUGCGAAAUGUUGUAAAAUGCGGAUAAUAUAGCCCUGCGAAGUUUGCCGUUUUUCAGUCAUUUUGUAUUACGCACGGGAAAUUGAUACUCUUUUUUCAGAAAGCGGUAUCAAUUUCCCGUGCGUAAUAAAUGACUGAAAAACGGCAAACUUCGCAGGGCUAUAUUAUCCGCAUUUUACAACAUUUCGCAACGAAACUUCGGAAUAUUACUAAUUUUGUGACGCUCUUUCAAGCUGUGAUGAAAUUUUUGUCUAGACUUAGCUAGAUCAAAAUUUUGUUCAUUACGGAAUAUGUCCAUUAGCCUUUCUCACGCGAGUAUAAUCAUUAUAAAUUAAUUUACAGUUAAAUAUUUGAAAAAGUGUUUUCACAUCGCUUAGAUUUUUCACGUCGUUUUCAAAAAUGUACCCCAAGAAUGGCGAAUUUGGACUUUGCGAGAAAGGCUAAUUAUUUGUAAUCUACCAGCAGAACUUGUAUUCUUAAUCUUACUCAUAUUUUCUCAUAUUUUAGGCCGUCCCUGCUGAACCAAGAGUAGAAUUGUAAAAGCUUCACAACACGUAGAAACACGAAUAAAGACGUUAUAAAAAAAUAUUUAAAUUAUUCACAGGACUCGCUCCUGUCGACGUGACUUUCACGCAAGAAUUUCCGAGAAACGCUGUAGUGUGGACACAAACAAUUUCGCCAGUUUUUUGGAAACAUUUCUGAAGCCUGAUUCAUCGAAAUGAAAAGAGCUCAAACCCCCAUUAAUUCUUCGUUUUAAUUUCUGUUUAAUCGUAGAUUUGUGCUCGCUUCACUUGUAUGAAUGAGGCAGACGAAAUUUUAAGCCAUGUUUUGAGAAAAAUCUCCCGUGCUCAGCCGUUAUUUACAUUCACGCAAAAUGCUGUUCAGAUAGCUAAAUUUAGUCUUACAAAAUUUGUAAUAAAAAUAUUUCACAAAUAAAACAUUAACAAUU